CGCGGCGCGCGCGGCUCUCUCGCUCUGACAGAGUUCGACAGUGUCCAGAUACCUGACGGAUGACGAGCUGGACGAUGGAUGACUGAUCAAUCAAACCACGCGCGGAUUGACAGACUGGAGACACUGGUUCGCUCAGUAUCGAUUAUUGGUGAUUGAUUAACAGCUGCCAGCGUGCUUGACCGGAGUUGAGCGCUUUAAACCAACAGGACUCUACUUUCUUCAUUCAUUCAUCACCUCCUCCUCCUCCGAGAUGAAGACUCCUGUCAGCCCCUCUCAGCUCCUGGAUAGUGGGCAGAUCUUUGCCUUUGGAGGAAUGUGUCCGGAGCUGAUGGACACACCCACAACCAUCAGUCUCUCCAUCCUGCAGACCUCAUCUCCAGGUCAGGGCGGGGCCUACUCGCUGUGCGAGGUGUGUAACCUGCAGCUGACCUCAGCUGCUCAGGCCCAGCUGCAUUACAAUGGCAGGUCUCACCUCCGGAGGGUGAAACAGCUUCAGGCCGGAGAGCCAGGACAAACAGGAGCAGCAGGGCCUCAGACCAGGUUGCUGCCCCAGCCCACAAGGCUCAGCUCCCAGCCUGCAGGACUAACUCCAACUCCUGGGUUGGGUCCAGGUCUCAGUGCUCCCUCCACCACGACUGGAAGUGGCGGCGGUGCAGUGGGCGGGGCAUUGCCAGGGCUCAUAGGUGCCACUGGUCCCUCGGUGAUGAUGAAACCGUUCAUGCCAUUUCCAGUUGAGACGACGUCACCAGUUGGACUUUUCCCGAACUUCAACACGAUGGACCCGGUGCAGAAGGCUGUCAUCAACCACACCUUUGGUGUUACCAUGGUACCAAAAAAGAAACAAGUCAUCUCCUGUAACGUCUGCCAGCUGAGGUUUAAUUCUGAUUCUCAGGCUGAGGCUCAUUACAGAGGCAGCCGUCAUGCCAAGAAGCUCAAAUCUCAAGAAAACAAGGCGAAGGCCAAGCUGUCAGUCACUGCAGAGACCAAUGGGAGCAGCUGUGGUCAUGCUGGCCCCGCCCCUCCUACCUCAGCGAACAGCAGCACCAAUCAGCAAACAGAACUAUUAUCCAGCUUUGCCGACUCCUCAUCUCCUGUCAAGCCUUUCCUCCUCACCUCCACCUCCCCUCUCUCCUCUUCCUCCCCCUCCUCCAGCAGAGCAGGCAGUGAGCCCCCUCCAUCCAGCCCCCCGUCUGCUCUGCCAGCCCCUGGCCUCUCAAAUUCUUCCUCUACGUCUUCUUCUAAAUCUUCUCCUCCAGUUCCUGUCACUCCCUCCUUUUCUUCUGCUCCUCCUCCUUCCAAGACCUCCUCCUCCCAGGAUACUCCUCUCUCAGUGGAGUCAGAGGAGGAGAAGGCGAAGAAGCUGCUGUACUGCUCUCUGUGUAAAGUCGCCGUCAACUCUCUGUCACAGCUGGAGGCUCAUAACGCAGGUUCAAAGCACAAAACUAUGCUGGAGGCUCGAAGCGGCGCCGGGCCGAUCAAAGCUUACCCUCGACCGGGAGCCAAGCUGAAAAAUGGCAGCAGCUCAGGACUGAAGGGCUCGGGCCUGCAGAACAAAACCUUCCACUGCCAGAUCUGCGACGUCCACGUCAACUCUGAGAUCCAGCUUAAACAGCACAUCUCCAGCAGGAGGCACAAAGACAGAGUAGCAGGAAAACCCACCAAACCCAAAUACAGCCCUUAUAACAAACAGCAGCGUAGCUCACUCACUAAGGAUAUGGCAAAGCCCUCCAUGUCUCCCUCCUUCCUCUCUGCUCCUUUUCCUCCUCCUUCCUCUCCUCUCCCACCCACCAUCUCCCUACCUCCCUCCUCUCUGUCCUCCUCACCUCUCCUCUCUCCCACCUCCUCACCCCUCACCCCUGCCAUCUCUCUUCACCACCGCCCUCCAGCAUCCUCGUCCCUCUUUACCGCCUCCUUCCUGCGUCCAGCUCCUGGACCUGUCAGAACAAACCAAGGAUCGAUUCUCUUCGCACCGUACUGAUGACUGCAGAGACUUUGGGGAAUCGAACCACCAACCUUUGGCCUCUGGCCUGCUAUUUGUUGGAACUUCAGGGGAAGCAUCAUCUCUCAUGGUUUCUGCCUCCUCACCUGACUGAGGCCUCACACAGAGACAUGAGAGGACAAAACCUCCUCCUUCUCCUUCUGCCUGGAUUAGAGUUCUGUAAUUCAAAGCUGACCCAAAGCAAGCGUGGAGGUGGAGCUGUUGCUUUAAAUGAACCACACAACUCCAUCAGUAGCUGAGCGGUUCAUGUAAACAUGGAAAUUUUCUGGAAAAGAUACAGAAUUAUCCAGCAUUGUCUAGAUAGCAAUAAGUGAACAUUUCUUAUAUCGCUAUGCUCAACAAUCACUCGAUACCAGUGGUCCACCUCAAGGAAAAUUUGGAGAAAAAUUUAAACUUGUGCGAGAAAAAUAGGGGAUUUUCAUGCUAGUAGCCGCCUGAAAAGCCAAGAAAGUUUUUUUAAUUGACUUGAAUUGAUUGAGAUGAUGAGAAAGAAAAUGUAAAGCAAUUCUAAACCUGCACUCUCAAAAAAGCUGAUAACGACACACUGGUGCCACUCAGCUAUAGACGCCUCUUGUUUUACAAAAACAUGGACAAGACAGUCUGGACCCUGAGCCCAGCUCAGGCUGGGCCAUCAACAUGAAGAGGAGAAUGAUGUUCUUCCUCAUUCUGAAGGAGCAAACCAGCACAAACAUGAUGUCCCUGCUUCAUCUUUCUAACAUGCAUCAUCUUGAGAUGGAAAAAAUAAAUAAAAGAUAAAGGAUAUCCAUGAGGAUAAAGCCGGCAGCAUGUCAUAUUUUUCUAAUAGCCCCACUGUGGAUGUAAACCUGUAGAAAAUUAUUCAUUUUAAUUCACUGUUUGAAAACAUUUGGCAGAUUUGAAAAAUGCACAUUUUCAAAUCUGCCUUAGACCCCAGACAUUUUUAAUGGAUUUAUUGCAAAUGAAAAGAGACAGAUUUAUUUUUAACUUUAUUACAAAGCAGUCUAAACAGGGUGGAUAAAUAUCUGUUUUCAGCUUGUCUGGUUGGGUUACAGUCAGUGAUUCGAUAUUACUAUUGGAAAA